AUGACGACAAAGGCAAUUGUAUACGUCGAAAAAGGCAAAGCCGCUAUCCAAGAUGUGCCCAUCCCCAAGCUUCGCGAUGACUACGUCCUCGUCAAAGUGAACGCCGUCGGCCUUAACCCUACAGACUGGAAACAUAUCGACUAUGGAAACACCGACCCCGGAACGCGGUCUGGAUGUGACUACGCUGGCAUCGUUGAGGCCGUGGGCCAUAAGGUCCAGAAGGCAUUCAAAAAGGGGGAUCGGAUUACUGGUGUUGUCCAUGGGAGUGACCGCACCCAGCACGAAAACGGGGCAUUCGCAAAUUACAUUGUCGCGAAAGGCGAUCUUCAAAUCAGGACGCCUGAUAAUAUCAGUGACGAGGAUGCUGCUACGCUUGGGAUUUCUGUUGGCACGGUUGGCCAAGGUCUAUACCGAACACUUGGCCUACCGUUACCUACCGGCGACGUCCAGGCUUCAGACAAGUAUAUCCUUAUCCACGGUGGCAGCACGGCAACUGGUAUCUACGGGAUCCAAUACGCGCGUCUUUCAGGGCUGAAGGUUAUUGCGACAUCAUCACCCCAUAACUUUGAGUACCUCAAGUCUCUCGGGGCUGAGGAAGUGUUCGACUACAAGUCACCCACAGCCGGCCCCGAUAUCCGGAAAUACACGAAGAACAGCCUCAAACUUGCGUGGGACUGCACGGGCAGCGGGGGGUCGAUCAUCGCCGCUGGACUGAGCAGCGAGGGAGGGAAGUAUGCGGCGAUCAUGUCUGUGAAUAAAGAGGAGGUUUAUUCCAUUAAUGCCAAUGUCGACGGGCCUUACACGACGAUUAUGUACACGAUUUUCGGCGAGCGGUUUGUGAAGUGGGAAGAGUGGCUACCAGAUCUAGAGGAGUUUGAGUUUGCGAAGAAGUUCUGGGAGAUUUCGAGGGGUCUUUUGGCGGAUGGGAAGCUGAAGGCCCCUAGAACGAUUGUUAACAAGGGGGGUGAUGGCUUUGAAGGCAUACUAAAGGGGCUGGAUGAGUUGAGGGCUAACAGGGUCAGUGGUGGGAAGUUGGUAUAUACUCUCUAA